UAAUGCAAAUGUGCCAGCUGUGAAACGACACGUCUCCGAUCGACUGAGCAGAAUGAACUUGCUGAACUGGCUUUCCGUCCUGGUCUUUGCUUGGGUCGUCUCUGCUGCCAAGGAGCCACCCACUGAGCUUAAAAUUGAUGUUACGUCUAAGCCAGAGGAAUGUCCAGUGACUGCUCAGAAGGGAGACUCCAUCCGUGUUCACUACACCGGCACUUUAUUCUCGAACGGAGAAAAGUUUGACUCGAGUUAUGACCGCGGUCAACCGCUGCCUCUCACGCUCGGUGUCGGUCAGGUCAUCCGCGGAUGGGACGAAGGUCUCGUCGGCAUGUGCUUGAACGAGAAGCGUACCCUCACUAUUCCAUCGAACAUGGCAUACGGCUCUCGUGGUGCUGGUGGCGUUAUUCCUCCUAAUUCUGCUCUCGUCUUCGAUGUCGAGUUGGUUGGUCUCGAUAGUAAGACCAAACACAAGGAACUAUAAGCAGACUCCGCGGCCGAGUACAAAAUACCCUGUCCUCGCAUCUAUACCGUGUAUCUAUAAUGGAGAUGAUUGACUAUGGAUGCUUAGUCGCCAACGGACUCACCACCACGAAGUGUCGACCUGGUGAGACAAUGAAUCAAUAUGUCGGUCUCACGUAGCCUAUUGUCAUGGGAUCUCUGCAUUUGCCACCGACACAUGGACCCCAGCGCAG